AUGAAAUCCAAUGGCAUGAUCAUAAGGGGGGCAGAACAGAAGUUCAACUUGGUGAUGAACUAUGCAGAAGAACUGCAUCAAAAAAUAGCAUCAGGAUUUGUGGGAAGGAUACGGCGAAAUGGCCGGGCUAGAAAAGAGCAACUUGAAGAAAUAGCAUUUCUGUUUUGCGAAGUCAUGACAGUCAACUACCUUGUCACACCUGAGCAAGUUGAUCAUCAUAUUGGCUUAGAAAUCCUUGAAGCAGAUUUACCAAUAAUAAUCAAACACAAGACAUGCAAAUUUUCCCAAUUCUUACGGGAUGGAAUAGAGAAAGCAUUCUCGACAGGGCCAGAACAUGGUCGAGCUACGCAUAAAGACUGGGAUAUAGAGUUGUGGAAUGCGUUUGAAAAUGUUCAAGCAGCCAUUCCAAUCUCUUUUGAGAAUCUCCCAGGUGAACUGCAAGCCCAAAGGAAGAAAUUUGGAUCCUUGAAUGGAAAAAGUUUUCAAUCCAUUCUUUCAGAAGGAGACCCUCAAUAUAGUGGAUCUGUCAUGGUUACACUUGGGCAAUAUGGGAUUCAUGGUGGAAGAGCUGAAAUAAUUCCAAUGUACAAUACUCCAGAGGUCUGGGGGCCCAUGAAGAAGGCUACAGAGAGAGAAUUUGGAACAAUUUCUGAAGAAAAUGCCAAAAUCUUGAUAAGAUCCUUAAAGCGUACCCAAAGGUUUAUCCAAAAUAUCCCAGUAUUUGAUAGAAUUUAUUAUGCCAUGAAUCAGGUCAAACCUUUUGAAAGAAGUAAUUUAUUAAGAGAUGUAGAAGCAAGAUUUGAAAAAUCAAAAGAUACCAAGAAAAUGUCAAAUUAUGAGAUCAAGACAUUGAAUAGAUUACUUCAAUUGAUUAUCAACCACUCAGAAAAAAUGGAUUACCCAGCUUGGAAGAAGAAUGUUUUCCGCGGAUUUUAUUACCUACCAAACUACUGUGUGAAGACCUUGGGAGAUAUAUUUUCUGAUUGUUUGAGGAAUUUACUAUUGGAAGGGGAGUAUUUCCGUGGAAAAACACAGCGAGGUCACUGGAUUGAACCAGAUUUGAUCUAUAAAGAAAUAGAGCAAAAAUGGCUCUUGGAAAAUACCAAAGUAGCAGUAGAUUGGCUUGUAGAAAGCUUUGCUGAAGCACGGAUUCAAUCAGGUCAGGAGGAAUUCAUGAUGAAAAGAGGGUCUUAUGAAUUACCCACCAUCAAAAUCAAAUGA